AUGUCGCCCUUUCCUCCCCUCCAGAUCCCCCCCGCCGACCACCCUUCCGGACGAGAGGAACAAGGUGAGACGACGACAGCAACCACCACCGCCCGGGAUCCCUCGUCCCUCGAUGCCGCCGCUCCCACGUCCCUCCGCCCGACAAUCUCCCGCUCCCGCACAAUGACCACCACCGCCGAGAUUGACAGCACAAUCGCCAAGCCCGGCAGCGUCAAGAUCAACGUCACCGGCGCCUUCAUCGUCGACCCGGACACGGCAACCCCCAAGAACGGCCGCGUCUCCCCGACCACACACCACGAGACGAGCGACAUUCGCCUGCCCAACCAUACUGCGGUUGUCAGUCAUAUCGCUGUCGAUAUCGGCGGUUCCCUUAUCAAGCUUGUUUACUUCUCCCGCGAGGUUGACCAGACCGACCCCGGCGGCCGCCUCACCUUUCAGACAUUCGAGACGGACCGCAUAGAUGACUGCGUCGAGUUUAUGCGCGAGUUGCGCGACCGCCAGGCCAAGCUUACCGGCUCCCGCCCUGGCGACCUCGCCGUCAUGGCCACUGGCGGCGGCGCCUACAAGUUCUACGACAAGAUUCGCGAUGCCCUAGGUGUCGACGUCUCCCGCGAGGACGAGAUGGAGUGUCUCAUCAUUGGCCUCGACUUCUUCAUCACCGAAAUCCCCCGUGAAGUCUUCACCUACUCCGAGACCGACCCCAUGCACUUUGUCGGCCCCCGCGACGCCAUAUACCCCUACCUCCUCGUCAACAUUGGCUCUGGCGUCUCCAUGCUCAAGGUCACCGGCCCACGCGCCUUUGAGCGUGUCGGCGGCACCUCGCUCGGCGGCGGCACCCUCUGGGGCCUGCUGUCCCUGCUGACUGGCGCGCGCACCUUUGACGAGAUGCUCGAGCAGGCCGGUAACGGUGACAACACCCACGUCGACAUGCUCGUCGGCGACAUUUACGGCCAGGACUACGGCAAGAUUGGUCUCAAGAGCACCACCAUUGCGUCGUCCUUUGGCCGCGUCUUCAAGAUGAAGAAGGAUGCUGAGGCUGCUGCGGCUGCCGAUGGGCACGACCCCAACGGUACCACCCCCCGCGCCCUCCCCCGCGGCCCCGGCUUCACCGACGGCGACAUUGCCCGCUCCCUGCUCUACGCCGUCUCCAACAACAUUGGCCAAAUUGCGCUCCUGCAGUCCCAGAUCCACAACCUCUCCGACAUUUACUUUGGCGGGUCCUUCAUCCGCGGCCACCGCCAGACCAUCAACACCCUCAGCUACGCCAUCAAGUUCUGGAGUAAGGGCGCAAAGCAGGCCUACUUUUUGCGUCACGAGGGCUACCUGGGUGCCGUGGGCGCGUUCUUGAAGAGGCAGCCCAAGAACUGGGGCCGCCGCGGUAGUCUCGAAAACAUUGCAGCCCUCGACGAGCUGCAAGAAUGGCGCAAGCAGCGUGCCAAGGACGAGGCAGCGGCGGCAUCAUGA